AAUCUGCUGUGAAUAGUAUUGCCACACGUAAAAAUCAAUCUACUGUGAAUUGUACUACUCAUGGAAAUACGAUAAAUAAUCAUAGUUACAGUGUUCUAUCUAAAGAAAAUGGAAUAACAAAUGAUGAUGAAGUGAUUUGUUUGGAUGAUGAUGAUGAUGAUGAUGACAAUAACGUUCCAAUUAACAACAACAAUAAUAAUAAUAAUAAUAAUAAUAAUGAUAAUAAUAAUGAUGUACAAGUUCAUCCACAACAAGAAAAUUUUAUUAGUACAUGGAUAAUAUCUAAUCUUCCUGAUCAUUCAAGAGCCAAUACCAACACCCACAAAAUUUAUCAACGUACAAAUAAAAAUGACCCAUUUGCUGUUAAAAGAAAAGUAAUUUCUAUACUUGACGAUAAUGUACAAUCCACAAAUACUGUACGUUCUUCAAGUAUCUCAAGUGAAGAAAUGAUGAUAACUCCAGAUUUGGAGAACUUCUCAACUUUUAAUGUGGAUUCUUCAAUAAAUGGGGAAGAUGAGUACUUUGAAACACCACCUCAAGUAAACAAUGUGUCAACAGAAACAUCAUUAGUUAUAUCAGAAACUGAACCAUCAAGAGUUUUACCAAAUACUGGAUUCCAUUUUUUAUUUGCAACUGAUGAAACAGUUGACUUGACUAUUAAAGAAGACAAUACUCCUCCAAAAAAAAAACCAAUUACAAGAAAAAGAAAAAAUCCUGAUACUAAAAAAGCUGUGGCUGCUAAAAAAGUGUGUCAGAAAACUUCCAAUUGUCGACAUAAUCAAAAAACAAAAAAUCAACUACCAACAGAUGACAACCAACAACCAACUACUUCUAAACAAACGCGAACAAAAAAAAAGUCGGACCCACCAAUAAAAAAACCUAGGCCUAAGCGAGCAUCUGCUAUUGCGAAUACUCCUGAGAUAAACAAUUCUGGUUUAUGGAAACUAGGAAAAUAUAUCGAAGGUUUUUGGUCACCAGAUACAUGUCGUAUUUCAUUACCACUGUACCGAUGUCCAAUUUGUGAUGUGUAUUACUGGAGUAUAGAGUCACGUCAAAGACAUGAAAUGUCAGCACAUUCAACUCAGCUUAAUUCUAUACAUCAACCUAUAGAGAAUUCUGCUCCUUCAGAAGAGAAUUCGGCUAGUACUCAACAACUAUACCUUUUGAAUUAUUUGCAACUUUGCGUAAAGGAUAAUGAUUUGAAUGCAAUCAGCGAACUGGCCAAGAGAACACAUUUAUUGAAAGCACUUAAGAUUUUAGGAUCCAAAACUAUUGGAUCAUUCAAGUGUAAUUUUUGCCCGUAUAAAACAAAUCUUAUGUUUGCUUUAUGGGCGCACAUGUCUUCCACUCAUUUAAAAAGUGAUUUUGAAAAAAAAUCAUGUUUAUUUUGCUUUUUGUGCAAUCGUACUGUUAGUAAACGUACAACAUUGCUCAAACAUGUAGACAAAUGUUCAAAAGUAAUAAUAGAUUAUUAUAACUUUUGUAAUCGAUUGACCUGUACACAUUGCAAUACUACGUUUGGUUCUUUAAUAGAAAUUGAAAAACAUUCUUGGAGACAUAUAUAGAGAAUUACUAGUAAGGUUAUAAGCAUUCAUAUUACUUAUAUAAUAUAUAUAUAUGUAUGUAUAGUAUAUAAUUUACAUACAUUUAUAUAUAUAUAACAUGUU